UCCUCACUCAUCCGGCAGUCACCCCCUUUCAAACACUUGUGGCGCCGUCCUACGUCAUACCAAUUGACCUAGACCCAUAUCAUGUAUCUACGUACACCGAACACUUACGAAUCAUUUAACAAAAUGUCAAGCUAUCGUGAGAAUGUACACAUUUCUUCACCGUCUAUCUUCGAAGGUAAUUGGGAAACGCCAGGAUGACAGACUGGAAAGGUAUCGUCAAACAUGGCUGGCACCCUGAGAAAGAAGGGACAUCCAUCAAGGAUCAAAUGAAAGGUCUUGUCGGCCGUGGAGAUAAUUCAUCUUCUCGUACUCCCAGCAGCCACACUGCCACCCCGAUAACAUCACUACGUGAUCCGUCGUCCUUCGGUCCUCCCCCGAAGCACGUCGGAGCCGGGGCUCGUAGUCCAGCGUCGGCCACACCGCAACAUCAACCACACGCCGGACAGACCUACGGCGUCCAGCAGACCGAAGAGUCUCCUAUAGAAGCAAAACCAUACCAAGUCGACACCACGGGACUAUCGACAUCGCAUCUCCCACCGCCACCCGGACGAAAAGCCAGCCCCCUCAUCCCCCCUCCAUCCUCGUCAAAACCGAGUGGUCCGCCCUCGCUCCCCCCUCGACUCCCGCCACGAAGCGGAAACACGUCUCCAGUGCAGACACAAAGCCCCGCUUCGAUCGCUCGCCAAUCUCCCUACCUGAACCAGGGAGCCAUCAACCGGUUAGGUGCCGCGGGCAUUUCGGUACCAGGCCUAGGAAUCGGAGGGAAGGCUGCUCCGCCGCCGCCUCCUAACCGUUCGGGCAGCAAUUCGCCAUCCGCGGGGUCGUCGACGACAACGACAAAAACGUCUAGCGGGCGGUUGAGCGAGCUACAGAACCGCUUCUCUCGCUUUGGCAGCGGGUCUCCCAAGCCACCAGAGCCUGCAGCGGAUUCAGGCCCGGCCCCAUCCCCAUCGGUCCCGACGAAGGGCACGACGUGGGCGGAGAAGCAGGCAGCGCUGAAGACGGCGGCGAAGUUCAAGAAAGACCCUACGUCCGUGUCGUUCUCGGACGCGAAGGCAGCCGCCAGCACAGCACAUAAUUUCAAUCAGAGGCAUGGAGAUCAAGUGGCAUCCGGAGUGAACACGGCAAACGGGUUAGGGCAACGAUUUGGCAUGUUUGAGAACAAUGGGCAGAAUGGGCAAGGAGCAUCAUCGUCACCAAUGGGCCAAAUUUCAGUGACUGCCGGAAAGAAGCCGCCCCCUCCACCGCCGACGAAGAAGAAGCCUCCUCUGCUACCCGGAACGAGUAAUGAGACGAGCGCCCCGGCGCCGCCCCCUAUCCCGAUAGGUACGAGACCAAGGUUCAACUGAGAUAAAGGAUGCUACGAAUGGUCUAGAUGCAUUAUUUACUAGCGCUCGGAGUAAGAGAAAAUAGUAUAGAAUCACAUAUUCGGGUCACUUGAUGUAUUUGCUCUGGGA